AUGCAGCGCGAAGCACCUCGGAUGCCGCGAGCCGCUCGGGCUGCCAAACCCGAUCGAAGCGGCGAAGAGAAGCCGGAGCCCCCCCGGGCCCUGCCAUCAAGCGUCUUGAGGCUGCCCGCCCAGCAGCGAAGGGUGGUGAAGAUGGGAUGUCCGGCGAUCCAAGCGAGAUAUGCGAUCCUGUGCAACCAGCAUUGA